ACUUUAAGUAAAAAUUUUGAUGUAAAUUCAUCGCUAUUAGCAGAAUUUGCGGAGUUGGCAAUGAUAAUGAUUGAGGAGUUGGCAAUAAUAAUGAUUGAAAAAAGAAAUGUAAAGCAAGUCGAACACGACUUUGACAUUUAAUACUCACCUUAUCUUCUUUCAUUUUAGUUAAUUCAUAAAAUGCAAGUGGAGUAUAAUCUCUACCGACCAUUCCACCCAGAGUAAAUGUAAUACCUUUAUGAGCUUUGGAAUUCCUAAUAAAUUAGAUAGAUGAUACGUGUAAAAAAUAUUUAUUCAUCUUAAAUAAAUUUACUUUGCUUUCCAGGAUACUAAAAAACUAGUAUCCUAGAAAGCAGAGUAAAUUUAUUUAAGACGUUUGUCAUAGACUGUACCCUAUACGAUGAAGAACGCUUAACACUGACGAGGGAACCUCUUGAGGUUAUAAAUCGCUUUUGAACUCGGACUACUUGUAUCUUGUAGACCUCAGUGAGUAGUGAAAUACCCUAAGUUGGUUCAUCCCCAUGGUGCUUUGUUGCUGAGAUAUUGAAUUUUUAGUCAGUUUUUGCCUAUAGAGCUUGGAUUUCGAGCAAAAUCCGACUUUUGAAUUUUGACUUGAAACUUGCCACACUGGUAGUCCAUGGUCAUAGUAGUACGACGGGAGAAAAUUCGGUCCUAAUGAAUUUUCCUGCCUUGAGAUAUUGCGACUUGAACAUCUGACCUUCACCCUCACCUUCAGAUGAAAUAUUCGAGUCUCAAUAUCUCAAGGCAGGAACAUUCAUUAGGACCGAAUUUUUUCCCGUCGUACUACUAUGACCAUGGGCUACCGGUGUGGCAAGUUUCAGGUCAAAAUUCGAAAGUCGGAUUUUGCUCGAAAUCCAAGCUUUAUAGGCAAAAACUGACUAAAAUUCAAUAUCUCAGCAACUGUAAAUAAAGCAACUUCAGACCGCAAAAAGACUGUCUGAAGUCGAUAGAGUAGGGUGGCGUAGGGUAUGAAAGCGUACAAAGUAGGAUAGCCUAGGGCACGAGACGUUUCUAUAUGGUAGAAUGCAGGGUACAAAAAAAAAGAACUGCUCUGCAGAUGAGUUGUCUGGAAUCCCCGAAAAAUAAGAGCUUCGGUCAUUUUUUGGGUACAUUCACAAUCAAAUGUUUUUGUGAACACCAAGAUUUACAGAGAAAGCUGUUCUGGUCAAAAUGAGAUAUAGUAACUCUGUGCGAUCUCGCGUUAAAAAGUUACACAUAUUUUCCUAGAAGCCUCUAAAUGUAUCAAACCGUGCACGGCGUUUUCUAUCAAAAUUGUUUAUUUCAUUCACGACUGUUCGUAUUUCCAAAAUUUCAGAAAGAUGUUUGAGAACUCUGAUUGGAUUUCCAAUAAAGCUAACACGUGUGACGAAAGAUGGAUAGCGCCCGAUCGUGAAUAUUUUUUGCUGUAGUUUUCAAUAGAGAGAAGGAUUUUUUAAAAUCUCAUCGACGGAUGGUAUAAAUAAUUUUUAUAGGCGACACUAUAUGUAAACUAAUUGAGGUUCCCCCCGGGUCAGAAAUGACGAUUUUCGUCAAAAAUAUCGAUUUUGAGGGAAGUACAUGAAUAACGGGUGAGUCAGAUUAAAUUGUCGAUUUUUCAUACGCUGUUUUCUCAAGUUAGGCUCGAUCAGAAAGUUUGGUUGUGGUGCCAAAAGAUAGAGAAUCUGAUGCAGAUUUUAUUGAUAUAUUCCUUUUUAAAUAAGCGUGUAUCGUUCUUUUGUACCAUUAAAAGUGUUGGAUGCCACAAAAAUAUCAUUUGCUCAACUACAAAAUCAGAAACGAGUAAAAAUCAAUUUUUCCACAGCUAGAUUAAGCUCAAAAAUUUCUUUGUUGUAGUACGAGAUGUAGAUUUUUCGAUGUAUCUUGCGGUUUGUUGGGUUUGAUACGCUGAGUUACUUCUCCUUCGAAAACUAUAAAACAACGAAAAGACGUCCAAGGACCACGGAAUCCCAAUUUCCUCUACCUUAGUCUUACAGCAAUUAUACUUUUUAUAUCAACAGAUACAUAAUUCGAAGCUCUACAAAAUGCUCUUAUUCACAAUUGUUGAUCUCGUUUCUAACCAAAUUACGAAGUUGAAAUAUUUUUGUUGGCAUGAAAGUGCGGCAAAACUAGAUAGUUAGAUUUAUUUUGUAAACGGUCUUCAAUACAAUAGAACUCUACUCAAAAAUUCGGUUUUGCUUCUCAAAAACAAAUAUUUUUCUGUAAUUUUUCAUAGUUUGUUUGAAUAACGUAUAGAAAAUUAUUUGACAAUUACAAAUAACAUUUUAAUCCAGUCCAGUACUGAGUCCAGUACUGCUCUCUAUUCAAUAGUAGAGCAAAAUGAAAUACAAAAUGCUCACUGGAGCAAGAAGCAAUUGUCUCUAUUUACUGCUCAUGUAGGGGCAGAAUCAGGAAAUCAUUCGAUUGUCGUUGUCUCAGAUAAUCCAUCACACAACAAGUACACCGUUUCGCAAUGCUUACAACAUGUUUUAACAAUUUUACAAUCCCUGCUUCCAGAAUUACAAGAACUCGUUAUAUUCAGUGAUGGUAGUGCAAGUCAGUUUAAGUCGCGCUAUAUGUUAAAACAUUUGACAAAGUUAGCAAGAGAUUACAGUGUUUUACUAUGUUGGCACUUCUUCGCCACAUCACAUGGGAAAGGCGUCGUCGAUGGCGUUGGCGGUACAGCAAAGCGAUUGGUCUAUGAAGAUGUUAUAGUUGGCAAAACAUGUCGAAAUGCAGCUGAUUUUGUCCGUCUCUUGGAAGAUAAAAAUACUCCAAUAAUUCUCAGUGAAUUAUUACCUUCUGAGAUCGACGAUGCUGAAAAUGAACUGAAACCGACCUUCGACAAUGUUAAACCUGUUUCAGAUAUUCAAAAAGUGCACUCUAUGACACUUUUCGAUGUCGAUGAUAUUGAAUGUCGAUACUACUCAAAUAGUGAUGAUGCAAAAGAAAUCCAUUUUUAA